ACGUCUCUUCCGCUCUGAGUGUCCCGGAUGAGGCUGCCAUUGGGGCAAGUGAGCAGGGCUACCGAGGCUGCUAGGACCUGAAUUUGUCGGAGCGAGGGUCGGAGCGGAUUGAAGCCCCGCGGGAUUAAUGUCGACAGCACGGCCACGGCGAGCGAAGAGUCCGCGUCCACACGAGAGGUCGAGGGUUCGCUGCCACGGACCGUUAAAGUGUUAGAAAAGUACCGCGGAGCGAGGCACGAGCGCACUCACGUUAGCUCACGAGCUCCAGAAACAACGCCGAGGUUUUUUCUGCAGCUUCCCCCACACCGCAUCUGUCCAGGGCUGUCGUCCAAACACCUGCUGAAUGAAUGAUGUCGGCUACGAGUUUAGACUCUCAGACAUCAAAAGGACAAGAUGCCAGCAAAGCUUUUCCAGUGUCUGUGCAAAAUGGUUCCCUUCACCAAAAGGACACGAUGCAUGACAAUGACUUUGAGCCUUAUCUCACCGGCCAGUCCAAUCAGAACAACAGCUAUCAAUCCAUGACGGACCCGUACCUGUCCAGCUACUAUGCUCCCUCCAUUGGGUUUCCUUACCCGCUCAGUGAAGCCCCCUGGUCGACCGGAGGGGACCCGCCCAUCCCGUACCUGACCCCCUACGCCCCCCUCAGCAAUGGAGACCACCACUUCAUGCACGACACCGUGUUUGGCCAGCCUGGAGGCCUCAGCAGCAGCAUCUACCCCCACAGGUUUAACUUUUUCCCGGAGAAUCCCGCCUUCUCGGCCUGGGGCACGAGCGGGUCUCAGGGGCAGCAGACUCAGAGCUCGGCGUACGGGGGCAGUUACAGUUACCCCCCCAGCUCACUCGGCGGCACCUUGGUCCCAGAUGGACAGACGGGGUUCCACAGUGACACCCUGAGCAAGGCGCCGGGCAUGAACAGUUUGGAGCAGGGCAUGUUGGGAUUGAAAAUCGGAGGGGACGUGGGCAGCGGCUCAGGGGUGAAGGGGGCGGGGUCGGUGAUCGGAGGUGGGAGUGUGGCCGCGGUUCCUACGGGCAACGGCGGUACAACUCUAGGAAUGCCCCCUCCCAAGCCGACAUCCUGGGCCGCGAUUGCGAGUAAACCCGCCAAGCUACAACAGCAGAAGAGUAAGUCGAAGCCCAUCGCGGCGAUCGCUGGGGGAGUGCUGCCUCCGGCUCCGCUCAAACACUCCAUAGACAUUGACACGUGGGACAACAAGGUUCCUGCGACGAAAGUGCUGCCCCCUCUGCCCCCUCACCACCCCCAGUCCCUCCACUCCCACACCAGCCUCAUCCCGCCCCUGCAGCAGUCCAUUCAGUCCGCCCAGUCCUUGGUCCAGCAGAUGACCAUGCCGGGCCCCCCUCAGUCCUACCAGAACCACAACGCCGCCCCGCCCCCGCAGACUCGCUGGGUCGCCCCUCGCAACCGCAACCUGUGCUACGGAGGAGGCAGUUUGGACAGCAGCGGCUCGUCUAACGGCGGGAGCGUGGGGAACGGCGGAGGCGGAGUUCUGGGGGGAAUGUCGUCUGGAUCUGAGCCCGGAGCCGAGUCCCACCCGGUUUUGGAGAAGCUCCGAGCCUCCCACAGUUACAACCCCAAGGACUUUGACUGGAACCUGAAGAACGGUCGCGUUUUCAUCAUAAAGAGCUACUCAGAGGACGACAUCCACCGCUCCAUCAAAUACUCCAUCUGGUGCAGCACGGAGCACGGCAACAAGCGCUUGGACUCGGCUUUUAGGUCAAUGAACUCGAAAGGGCCCGUGUACCUGUUGUUUAGCGUCAACGGGAGCGGGCAUUUCUGUGGCGUGGCGGAGAUGCGGUCGCCCGUGGACUAUGGCACCAGCGCUGGGGUGUGGGCGCAGGACAAGUGGAAGGGGAAGUUUGACGUUAACUGGUUGUUUGUUAAGGACGUGCCGAACAGUCAGCUCCGUCACAUUCGUUUGGAGAACAACGACAACAAGCCGGUCACCAACUCGCGCGACACGCAGGAGGUGCCUCUGGAGAAGGCCAAGCAGGUGCUCAAGAUCAUGGCCCAGUACAAACACAACACCUCCAUCUUUGACGACUUUUCGCACUACGAGAAGAAGCAGGAGGAGGAGGAGGUCGUCAAAAAGAGCUAUGAGCCCGCCUCCAUACCAACCAGAUCCCGGAUCGACCAGGAUCGUCAGAAGUGAACCCCCGGAGCCUGCCUCUGAUAGAAGACUGAUCUUAGAUUUAACAUAAAAACAUGGACAUAAAGAAAUUAUAACAAACUAAUAUUUUUCCUAUUUAAGUUCGGUGACUUUGGCCCAUUUCGAACUGCGAGCCACAUUGCUCCCAGUCCUUACGAAGCGUGCAGGGAAGAAGCUCAUUACAUCAGUUCAAUUGCUUCAGAAAUAUAUUUUCUUGAUUUUUCAGUAUUUUUUAGCCUUAUAAAAUCUCUAUUGCUAUUCCUGAAGUUGCAUUCUUAACAAAUAAGUAAGAAAUAUCUGCACGUCUGUUUUAAAAAUCUCUUGACAACAUGCUGCUGAUAUUCAGUGACUGUUCACGUGGUUUGUGUGCUGGACAAAAACGUCAAGUGCUUGUGUCGGUUAAACUACUUUUGAGUGAACUCCACUUUAUCCACAAACUGUCUGUUAUUAUCAUUGUGUGAAAAGUUGUAUUUUAUAUUAUCAGAAGAAAAAAUAAGUUCAGUUCCACCCAUUCGUUUCUGUACGGGUGACGUAGGUGAAGGAUUGUGUACACUGAACGUCUGUACGCAUAGACAUUUAUGUACAAGGUUGUGACAGUAGAAAGUAUUAAUGUUAGAAAAAUAUUUUGAGCAUUGUACUGGCUUACAUUUAAAACGUUGCAUUAAAGUAGGUAUGCACCAUUCUCUUCUCCUGUAUGGAGCCGUGAGCGACCUUCUGCGGGUGGAAAUCUACGGUUAUGAAACUGUACCUCAAAUUUGAAGCGCUUCAGAGAGAGAUUUGUACAAACUUAAAGAGGAUUGCGUUCUUUUUUUUUUGUUUUUGUUUCUCGAGAGUUGAUUUGAUGCGGCCCCGUCCUGCUUGUGUGCGGCUCUCUCCUCUGCUCCCCGGGAGAACAUGUAGCAUGUGCUGAAGCCAGGCCAGUCACUUUGCUGUUUCUGUUUGUAACCUGCUUUAUGGUUCUUUAACUUAUCUCUAAUAUUGGCAUUUCCAUCGCUCUAACUGUCUUCAUAAUCCUUCACAAAUGUAAGCUUUAAUGUAUUGGCGUUUCUGAGAUGGCAGAUGAUUCUCGUUCAGUGUGUGAAUCCUACACGCUAGGCUCUAUGGUAUGUGUUGUGACUUUUCUUUAGUUGCUUGCUGUAUUCUGUGUGUGUGUGUGAGAGCGAGAAUAAAGAGGCAGAAUGAUUGUGGAGCAGAGUUAUAUAAAAUUAUUGGAAAUAUAUUACAUUUAUGCAAAAAGUCAAGUCACCCUCAACUGUAUCUUCAUUGUAUCAGAGCUCACCAUCAGAUUCUUAGAUUUGAUCAUGAUCAUUAUUAAAGAUAUACUUAUCUGUU